CACUAGCCAAUGGCUGCCUGCCUAAGCUGGGUUCCUGGUCUCCUGGGACCACUAGCCCUCUGUUGAUAGGGAAAAGCCAACAUCUCCUGCAGGACCCCUUAAUCUUCAGGGCAGCUCCCAGAGCAUGGGUCCCUCCUGAUUCCACUGUUAGCCUGAUGUUCCUCACAGUCAAGCUGCUCCUGGGCCAGAGAUGCAAUCUGAAGGUGUCAGGGCAAGAGAGCGUAUCCACGCUGAAGAAACUGGUAUCCAAGCGGCUGAAGGUGCCUGAGGAGCAGCAGCACCUGCUUUUCCGCGGCCAGCUCCUGGAGGAUGACAAGCGCCUCUCCGACUACUGCAUUGGGCCCAGUGCUUCCAUCAAUGUCAUCAUGCGGCCCUUGGAGAAGAUGGCGCUAAAAGAGGCCCACCAGCCCCAGCCCCAGCCCCAGCCCCUGUGGCACCGGCUGGGACCUGUCCUAGCUAAACACUUUGAACCACAGGAUGCCAAGGCCGUGCUGCAGCUGCUCAGGCAGGAGCACGAGGAGCGCCUGCAGAAGAUAAGCCUGGAGGACCUGGAGCAGCUGGCCCAGUACCUCCUGGCAGAGAAGCAGCAUAUGGAGCCAGCUGGAGAGAGGGAGCUCAAGGCGAAGGCACGGCCUCAGAGCUCCUGCGACAUGGAGGAGAAGGAGGAGGCAGCAGCUGAUCAGUAAACGGGCCAUCCUACCCAUUUGCACUCUAGAAUUCUCCCGGCCUCAUCCUUAUGUGUUCCCUGGUGACUUUUCCUACUACUUCCUGCUGGUGUGGAUGCGCCCACACCCCUUUUUGAACCUUCCAAGCAGCUGGAGGGUUUUUGGAUUCCUGUCCCCUCUUGGGCCUGAGGUCCUUCCUCCGAAAUGCAGAGUGACCCGACCCUCAUCACCAUCCUUCCCCUAGAAGGGUUCUGAUCAGUGGAGGGCAGCCCCAAAGGCUGCAGUCCCCUCCUGUGCUGGCAGCUUUGCCCCCACACACCCAGCAGCUCCCCAGGCUGAAAGCAGCCCUGGCCCAGGGUCUCCAUGGUUCUAGGCAGACCCUCUUUCUCCUUUGGAACAGAAAGACAAUGUGAGCUCGUUUUCCUCCAUCCUCAGACCAUGACGUCUCCCCUAGUCUCCCCAGCAGCCAAGAGGAGAGGAAUGUCAGGUAGCUGCCCCUUGCCUUCUGGGUGAGGCUGUCCCUGAUGUUCUCCUGCUUGUGCUUCCAGCUUAAGGGACAGGCACAGCAGAGGUGGGAUUGGGAGGAGGGCACCUACCGGGUGCCAGUCCUGGAGCCCUCAGGGAGACAGACACGGGCCAAGAAUAGCAGGAAACUGAGCCUUGGGCAGAAAAAAAGUUCAGCAAAGUCACACACUCCCUGUGGCCAGCGUGAACAGAGCCAUGCCCCACCCUUCCAGACUGAUCAGUCAGUAGGUAUCACAGCUCACAAUACCUGCCAGCGCUGCCAAAGGCUCCCUGGAAGGAAAAACGGUAUCAUCAGUGAGGAUCCUUGCCCUCACAGAGCACACAGCCUAGAUGCAGAGAACUGGUAUACACAUGAAAAAAGUGGUGACAUGAAA